AUGAACUGCAGCAAGACUCCUGGCUUUGUUCUCUCGGGAGUGUCCAAUGAUGCAGAGAAAUGGCAAUUUCUUUUUCUUCUUUUCUUGACUUUAUACUUGCUGGGCCUUCUAGGAAAUCUGAUUCUUCUGCUGGCUAUCAUUACUGACAUCCGCCUCCACACGCCCAUGUACUUCUUCCUCAGCCAGCUCUCCUUUGUGGACCUCUGCUUCACUACUACCACAACGCCCAAAAUGCUGGGAGACUUGUGGACUAGGAGUGGAUCCAUCUCUUUCUCUGGGUGCCUGACACAAUUAUAUUUUUUUGCUGUUUUUGCUGAUAUGGACAACCUGCUUUUGAUGGUCAUGGCCAUUGACCGCUAUGCUGCUAUUUGCCAUCCUCUGUGGUACCCACUCCUAAUGACUCCUUGCAGAUGUGGGGGACUAGUGGGUGUGUCAUGGGGAGUGGCCCACUCUGUAUCUCUGAUCCAUACUAUAUUGCUAUCCCAACUAUCUUUCUAUACUAACCAAGACAUUCCUCAUUAUUUCUGUGACUUUGGCCCACUUUUGUGGCUUUCCUGUUCUGAUACCCACCUCAAUGAGGAUCUGAUGAUGGCUCUGGCUGGGUUUUUAGGAAUGAUGCCCUUGCUCUGCAUCAUAAGUUCUUAUGCUCAUAUUUUCUAUGCUGUGGUUAGGGUUCCGUCAGCACAGGGGAAAAGGAAAGCCCUGGCCACAUGCAGCUCCCACAUCUCCAUGGUCAUUCUCUUCUACAGCACAGUCUUUGCCACAUACCUGAAACCCCCAUCAACUUCUCACUCAUCUGGGGAACUGGUUGCUGCAGUCAUGUAUACCUUGGUGAUUCCAACUCUGAACCCUUUUAUUUAUAGUCUGAGAAAUAAGGAUGUGAAAAGUUCACUGAAAAUGAUUCUAGGCAUGAAGAAUUUUCAGGAUUAG